CGCGGAGCGGGCGGGCCCUGGCGCGCGGAGCCAGGAGUCCGGGCCUCCUAGCAGCUGAGCGUCCCCCGAAGCCAAUCCUCACCCCCGCCGUCUCUCCUCGGAGCCGCGCCGACCCCCACCCCAGGGCUCCGGACUCGGCUUCCGCCCUCCUCAGACUCCCCGAACCUCCCCCUCCCUCCCGCCCUCGGGAUCGACUAGAUCCCUCCCCCUCCCUGAGGAUUCCGGCUGGAUCCCUGCCCCUGCACCGCGGAUCCUGCGCUCUCGGGCCCCAGGCCCCUGGGAAUUGCCGUGGACUCCUCCUCCAGCACCCGAUCACUUAAGAUCCUCCGCCUGGACCGCCUCUGGUCCCUCGAAGCCGACCCACGGAGCCAGUGGAUCCCAAAUCCAGUCCUGUCCCGUUGCCACCUCCUUGCUCUGCUGUCCCCACUGCGGGGUUCCCUGUUCUCGGGUUCCCCCGACCUCAUCCCCUAGCUCUCCUUUUCCCGGGGAUCGACUGGAUCCCGGCCCCGCCCCCUGGGGCUGGGGCGAUCCCCCUCCCCCGCCGGGUGAGGCGCUGCGGGGGGGCUGGGCCUGCGGGGCCGCGGGGGCUCAGAGGCCGCCGCCCCCCUGCCGAAGCCCGUCCGCCCCCAACUCGGAGCCCUGGAUGGAGGCACCACGGCCCCAGGGCUGAGCCAGCUCGGGCCUGCCUUCACCUUCUCCCGCCUCCUUCCCCUUCCCCAUCCCUUGUCCCCUCCAUGGAGAGGAACAGACCCCUUCUCUGUCCGGUCUAACCCCCCUCCCUCCCCACCCCCCUCCUCCCUCCUUUCCCCCGCCCCCUCCUCCCUCCUGGGGCGAGGGGGGCCUCCCUCCCUCUCCCCCCCCUUCUCUCUCUCUCCGAGGGGGGGGGUCCCGGGGAGGGAGGGGGGGCCCCCCCGAUCAGCAUGUGGCUCCUGGCGCUGUGUCUGGUGGGGCUGGCGGGGGCUCAACGGGGGGGAGGGGGUCCCGGCGGCGGCGCCCCGGGCGGCCCGGGCCUGGGCCUCGGCAGCCUCGGGGAGGAGCGCUUCCCAGUGGUGAGCACAGCCUACGGGCGAGUGCGCGGUGUGCGGCGCGAGCUCAACAACGAGAUCCUGGGCCCCGUCGUGCAGUUCUUGGGCGUGCCCUACGCCACGCCACCCCUGGGCGCCCGCCGCUUCCAGCCGCCUGAGGCGCCCGCCUCGUGGCCCGGGGUGCGCAACGCCACCACCCUGCCGCCCGCCUGCCCGCAGAACCUGCACGGGGCGCUGCCCGCCAUCAUGCUGCCUGUGUGGUUCACUGACAACUUGGAGGCGGCCGCCACCUACGUGCAGAACCAGAGCGAAGACUGCCUGUACCUCAACCUCUACGUGCCCACCGAGGACGGUCCGCUCACAAAAAAACGUGACGAGGCGACGCUCAAUCCGCCAGACACAGAUAUCCGGGACUCUGGGAAGAAACCUGUGAUGCUGUUUCUCCACGGCGGUUCCUACAUGGAGGGCACUGGGAACAUGUUUGAUGGCUCUGUCCUGGCGGCCUAUGGCAAUGUCAUCGUGGCCACGCUCAACUACCGUCUUGGGGUGCUCGGUUUUCUCAGCACUGGGGACCAGGCUGCAAAAGGCAACUAUGGGCUCCUGGACCAGAUCCAGGCCCUACGAUGGCUCAGUGAAAAUAUUGCCCACUUUGGGGGUGACCCCGAGCGUAUCACCAUCUUUGGGUCUGGGGCAGGAGCCUCUUGUGUCAACCUUCUGAUCCUCUCCCACCAUUCGGAAGGGCUGUUCCAGAAGGCCAUUGCCCAGAGCGGUACUGCCAUUUCUAGCUGGUCUGUCAACUACCAGCCACUCAAGUACACGCGACUGCUGGCAGCCAAGGUGGGCUGUGACUGGGAAGACAGCACCGAAGCUGUGGAGUGUUUGCGCCGGAAGCCUUCCCGGGAGCUGGUGGACCAGGACGUGCAGCCUGCCCGCUACCAUAUCGCCUUUGGGCCCGUGGUGGACGGCGACGUAGUCCCCGACGAUCCUGAGAUCCUCAUGCAGCAGGGAGAAUUCCUCAACUACGAUAUGCUCAUCGGCGUCAACCAGGGAGAGGGCCUGAAGUUCGUGGAGGACUCUGCAGAGAGUGAGGAUGGCGUGUCUGCCAGCGCCUUUGACUUCACGGUCUCCAACUUUGUGGACAACCUGUAUGGCUACCCAGAGGGCAAGGAUGUGCUGCGGGAAACCAUCAAGUUUAUGUACACGGACUGGGCUGACCGGGACAAUGGCGAGAUGCGGCGUAAAACCCUGCUGGCGCUCUUUACUGACCACCAGUGGGUGGCACCAGCUGUGGCCACCGCCAAGCUGCACGCCGACUACCAGUCUCCUGUCUACUUUUAUACCUUCUACCACCACUGCCAGGCUGAGGGCCGGCCUGAGUGGGCAGAUGCGGCACACGGGGAUGAGCUGCCCUACGUCUUUGGUGUGCCUAUGGUGGGUGCCACCGACCUCUUCCCCUGCAAUUUCUCCAAGAAUGACGUCAUGCUCAGCGCUGUGGUCAUGACCUACUGGACCAACUUCGCCAAGACUGGCGACCCCAACCAGCCAGUGCCACAAGACACCAAGUUCAUCCACACCAAGCCCAACCGCUUUGAGGAGGUGGUGUGGAGCAAGUUCAACAGCAAGGAGAAGCAGUACCUGCACAUUGGUUUGAAGCCCCGUGUGCGUGACAACUACCGCGCCAACAAGGUGGCCUUCUGGCUGGAGCUUGUGCCCCACCUGCACAACCUGCACACGGAGCUCUUCACCACCACCACGCGCCUGCCUCCCUAUGCCACGCGCUGGCCACCACGCCCGCCCCCUGGCGCCCCAGGCACGCGCCGGCCCCCGCCACCUGCCACCCUGCCGCCUGAGCCCGAGCCUGAACCCGGCCCAAGGGCCUAUGACCGCUUCCCUGGGGACUCACGGGACUACUCCACGGAGCUAAGUGUCACCGUGGCUGUGGGUGCCUCUCUCCUGUUCCUCAACAUCCUGGCCUUUGCUGCCCUCUACUACAAGCGGGACAGGCGGCAGGAGCUGCGGUGCAGGCGGCUUAGCCCACCUGGAGGCUCGGGCUCUGGUGUGCCCGGUGGGGGCCCCCUGCUCCCUGCUGCCGGCCGUGAGCUGCCACCAGAGGAGGAGCUGGUGUCUCUGCAGCUGAAGCGGGGUGGUGGCGUCGGGGCGGACCCUGCUGAGGCCCUGCGCCCUGCCUGCCCGCCUGACUACACCCUGGCCCUGCGCCGGGCACCGGACGAUGUGCCUCUCUUGGCCCCUGGGGCCCUGACCCUGCUGCCCAGUGGCCUGGGACCUCCACCGCCUCCACCGCCCCCUUCCCUCCAUCCCUUUGGGCCCUUUCCCCCACCUCCCCCCACUGCUACCAGCCACAACAACACGCUACCCCACCCCCACUCCACCACUCGGGUAUAGGGGGCGGCUUGGGGAGGCCUCCUCCCCAGCCCUCCCCGGCCCGGGCCACUCCCAAGGCAGGGAGGAGGACUUGGCAACAGGCUUUUCUCCUGUGGAGUUGUCACGUGUCAUCGAGCAGCGUUAAGGUGGACAGGAGAUUCCUCACUGGGAUGCGUGUCUUUUCCCAUGCAGAGAGGCCCGUUCUCUUCUCUGGACCUGGGCCUUUGAACAACUGGGGGGUGUUUUUUCCCCUCCAUUGGGACACCAGUCUUCGGUGUGUGGAAAUGUGGAAGUAUUUUCCCACGUGGAGGUGUGCUCUCUCACAAGGGGGUGUGUUUUCCCAUGUGCAGGGUGAGUUUUUUUUUACCGCCCUGGACACAUGUUGGCCCCCUCAAAGAAUUUCUGCGGGGACUUGUACCCCAGAACCCUGUUCCCUCAUGUCUUCUCCCACCUCCACCCCUCUCCCCACCCCCUGGAGACCCUGGAAGUGGUAUGUUCACGUGCAGUGACCCCUUGGCCACCAGACAACACAGGGUGGUGCCUGGGAAGCAGCAAGGAAAUCACAGCCUCCCCUCGCCGCCCCCCCCAGCAAAGCAUGUUUUUUCCUCGUGGCACAAGUCAGAUGAAGCACGUUCUCCAGGGAGGCCCUCGCCUUCCACAGAGGACAGACACGGAGUUCCUGCUGGGGAGAAGGGAGGAGAUCCGUGCAUCCCGGUGCUGCCUGGAAACUUACUUUCCCAUGGUCCAGGACACAUUUCGCUGAGUGGAAACAUAUUCUUGCAUGUGGAUGUGUCUUUGCCCAGACAGAGGGUCCCUCUCUCCCCAGCACUUCCCUGCAUCCCCCAGGCCUCAGCCCAGCACUCAGUUCCUCCUCACACAGCAGGUGGGAACAGACUUAAGUCUGACAGAAGCUGAGGGGGAUGCCUUGCUCCCCCAGAGAUGCUGAGGCGGGGGGGGGCAUGUGCCACCCACAGAGGCCAUGCAUGUUUGACCAAAGCCCUCAUCUGGGGUCUGGGGACAGCCUUUCCCUCCCUCAGUCCUCAGAUCAUUGCUCAUCUGUGCCAAACUGAGUAGGUGGGUUUGAGGGGGAAAUAGCCCCCAAAUGUGCCAAGGAUUCCCCAGUCCUGGGCCAGGGCAGGGGAAGCUAUGGGAGUAGGUGGGAUAUAGGGCAGGGGGAUGUGGCAGCUAAGGGGGCCCCAACCUGUGUUUCUCUUUUCUCCACACCAUGUCACCUCUCCCUGUCUGCCUUAGUUCCCCAUUCUCCUCCAUCUCUGUCUCCCUCUUUGAAGCUGUCCCCGUCUCAGUGUCAGGCCAGCCUUCCUCCCCCAAUGGCCAACCUUUCUUCUUUGACCUGCCCCCCUUCCCUUGGCUGCUAGGGUGGAGGGAGGCGAGCAGGGGAGAAAGGUUUCACUGGGCAGGUUGGGGAGAGAAUGAGGUCAGCUGUUCAGAGGAACAGAUGGAGGGGCCAGUGGGGGACAGGGCUUGGACAGACACCAGCAUGAAGAAUUUGAGAGGAAAUGUGUGAGAUGACUGCCCAGGGGUCCUUGGGCCUGAGCCUCUGGGGAAAACAAUGAUGUCAGGGAGGGUUUUGAGGGAUGCCAGCAGAAGAGAGAAUCCUCCUCUGCUGGCAUUUUGUGGGAUGUCGAUGCCAAACUGGAGUAGAGGUGGAAUACUGUCGUCCACUGACACCCAAAUCCAGAAUCCCUGGUCUCGAGUCCCCAGGACUUUGCCUCUUGGCUGCCCCUUCUCCUACCUCCAUCCCUGGAAAUUUAGUUCUUUUCUGACCCUUUCCCCUGCCUGGUCUAGUUCCUCUCCAAACAGCCAUGCCCUCCAAAUGCUAGAGACCUGGGCCCUAAACCCUGUAGACAGAUGACCCCAGAAUUGGGGAAUGGGAGGGGGGCUGGGGGACCCCAUGAUUCAGCCACGGACUCUGAUGCCCAGCCCCUCUCCCCAGAACAAUCCCCUGACAAUCCCUACCCCAACCCUUUGCGGCUCUGUACACAUUUUUAAACCUGGCAAAAGAUGA